UGCACCGGAGGCGUUUCUCAUUUAAACGCGAAGGAGUAUUGGCAACGGAGAGCAGAGACACUCCCUCGCCUCGCCUCGCUUCGCUUCCCACCUCCCACGACCUCCACACGACCACGCCUCCUCCCAAACAAACUCGAAUCUCCCCACGAGGAAGGCAAAGGGAAGGGAGGCGUAGACAGACUGGCAGAGGGGAGGAGCAUCAUCAGGGGUAAAGCGAGGCAUGGACGCCGCCGGCGGCGAGCCGCGGAAGAAGAAGAAGGCGGCGGCGGCGGCGAAGCGGCGGGGAGUGGACGCGCGCGGGCGCGGGCGAGACCUGUCCCCGGCGGCGCCGCCAGUGGGCGCCGGGGGCAGGGACGCGGCGCUCGCGGAGUGCGCGGCGGCGUGCUGCGUGCUGUGCGCGUGCCUGCCCGUGGCGGCGCUCUGCUGCGUGGCGCGCGCGCCGCUCCGGGUCGUGCGGCGGUGCUGCCGGUGGAGGAGGCAGAGGCCGCCGCGGCGGCUCGCGCCCGGUGGUUCCUCGUCGUUCUCCGACGCCGAGCUCGGUGACUUCCGGCCAGGCCGGUCCAGGCGCGCAAUGGCGGACCAGGAGUUCCGGCCACGGGGGAGGUCGGGGUCUCCAAGUGGCAGCCGCCAAUCCCCGCCACCGCAGAAGCAACAACCACCCCCUCAUGAUCGGAGAAGAUAGUGCAAGUUAGUUAGCGAUUUUUUCCCCCAUCAUUUCUCACCAAUUUUUGCUGCAACUAUCACCAGAGCGUCCGCCAAGUAGGAUCGAUCUGUCAUGCCUCUCUUCCCUAUUCUCAUCUUUGGUUAGUGGCUAGCUCAUGAUUAGAAGCAAGAUAAAAAUAAUAUUUUGCCAAGGAAGAGGGCCACCCAGUGUAUCACACCAAAUCAAUCAGACCAAGCCAGGUUGCUGCUCAAUGCACAUCCCUUUGUCAUCGUUUUCCUCUGCUUCCAGAUGGUUUGAUCGUUGCACACACACACGCGUACGAGUAGCUAGCUGCAUUAUCGGCUGCUUCUCCCACCAUAACCGCCCCCACUAAAUUUGGGCGUAACUGUUCCCAAAGAACAGUGGAAUCACUGUAUUUUUCUGUGACUUAUUACAGGCUGGAAAACAUCAAAACAGUGGAUUAAACUGCUUACCGUUCAGAUUAAUCCGUUGCUGGUCAAACAUACGUGCUCUUUUGGGAGUUGCGAAUGGGGGGCAGAGAGGAUAAACAAUGGAAUAGUUUCCUACCGCCGCCCCCACCUGAAUGGCCGCGUGUGGAUGUUCUGUGUAGCAAAGGGAAAAAAACAGAGGGCCGAAAGAUGCUCCCCUUUCUCCAUGGAUCAUUCAUUAUCAAGAGGAAUAUGUCUUAGACUCUUACGGGAUAUGGUUCGAGUUUGCAAGGUUUGAGCGUUUUUAACGUUUAUUAUUCCCUUCGCAGCAUUUCUGAACUUUAGAAUGUCCUAAGAGAAAUGCUCGAACCCGGAAUAUGAUGGCAACGGAGGGUAGACA